AUGUCGACUCCUAGUGACUCCGAGUUAAAAGGCUACGAAUCCGAACUAGCCGACUGGACAUAUCAAAUUCGCGAGGAGGUAAAACUGUUAGAAAACCAAAGCAUCAAGGACCAGAGCUCCCACUUGAAAGCUCUUUUUCGGACUUCAGACUCCGAGUCACGCCGUCAGAAGGAGAGGGCGCGCGAUCGUGUGCUCAAAUUUUGCUCUACAUACAAGUACCAGUCAACGUGGCGAGAGAUCCGAAAGGUGGGAAGCACAACGCUACUAGAUAGCAUGCCUAAAUACCAGCAGUGGAAAAAUCGGUCAGAUUCUUGCACACUGCUGUGCACCGGAAAAUUAGGAUCUGGAAAGUCUGUUUUGCUAGCUAAUAUGGUCGACGAUCUCAACUUGCACGCCAAAGAGGCUAAAUGCCCGGUGGUGUAUUUCUUUAGCCGCCACGACAAUUCAGAGAGUUUAAAGGCGACUACGAUAAUUGGUUCAAUAGCUCGACAAUUUCUACACUCUAUUGCCGACUUAUCAGAGGUGGAAGGAACAAUAGACACUUCAGUCUCAGUGCCAGACCUUGAAAGCAUCUUUGCGUUGCUUAAACAUGCUAUCUCCCCCGACUUCAAAGCGUAUGUUGUCCUGGAUGGAUUAGACGAGUGUGAUGAAUAUCAAAGACGGACAACCAUCGAACAGCUCCGGAAUCUCCAGAAGCACUUUAAGCUCGUCAUUUGUGCAUCGUUCCGAUUAGAGGCCGACAAUAUUCUAAGGCUAGGUCCGGAAACAUUUCUUCAUCUGCAAACUAUUGCGAUUCAAGACGAUAACCCCGACAUCAAGAGAUUCAUCAAUGCCGAGCUGGUGCGAUGUAUAAAAUCUGGAAGGCUCAUAGUUGGCGAUCCCACGCUGGUGAUUGAAAUUGAAGAUGCGCUGCUCCAAGGCACGCGGGGCAUGUUCCUCUGGGCCACUCUCCAGAUCCAGUCUUUGUGCCAGGCGAAGACGGAUGAAGCCAUUCGCCAGGCUAUCACAGACUUGCCCAAGACCUUGGCAGAAACGUUUUCCCGCAUUUUAUCCACCUCAGCCGCGCUUGGAAAGAACUAUCAGAUGCAGAUCUUACAUUUGGUUCUAGCAGCAUCCCGGCCCUUGACGACAAAAGAACUUUGUGAAGCCUUGAGCGUGGUUCCCGGCGAUGCGGUCUGGAAUCCGGCGCGCCUACUGAACAAUGUAUAUACGGCACUAGCCUGCUGUGGGAGUCUGAUCACGGUGGAAGAAGAGGAUCUCUCGGUGAGAUUGGUACACCACAGCGUUAAGCAGUUCCUCUUUGGCGACUUUACCCACUCGUCCGCUUCUCUCUUUACCGUUGAAGACGCAGCGAGGACGAUGGGCGAUAUUGUCGUCACGUACCUCAGCUAUAAUGUUUUCAACACAACGUUGUCCACGACUGUGACCCCCCAAAUUCCUUCGAGGAGCACACCUGCCAGAAUCGUCAGCUCAAUAGAGUCGGGCUUUGUCCGCAGCAUGGCCCUGAUGCAUUUACAGUCGCGACAACAGCCUAACUACGAUAUGGGCCAGGUGCUCGCCGAAGCUAGUCGGACAAAACGGCCGCCGUCUGUGAACGAGUUUCACUUUUACGAGUACGCCAAGCUGCACUGGCCGCACCACGUCGGAUGCAUUUCUGAGGACAACGAGUUGAUCUACCGCCAGCUUUCGCUACUUUUGCAAGACAGACUUUCUCAAGACCUGAACGUUGUCAACGACAGGGGCCGGACACCGCUUAGCUGGGCGGCUGAGUACGGCCGAAUUAAAGUGGCUAAGCUGCUCCUUUCUCACGGCUCCGACCCUGGGCUACCAGACAAUGACGGCCGGACGCCUAUGAUAUGGGCCGCUAAGAGAGGACAUGCGAACUGUGUAGAUGUGCUUCUGAGGAACGGUGCCGAAGUGGGCAAAGGGGACAAGGACAACCGCACGUCACUUUCGCAUGCUGCUGAGCACGGUCACAAGGACACCAUAGUACGGCUUCUUGAGGUGCAGAGCAAUGUUGACAUUGGCACGGCGGUGAUUCACAGAGCGGAUCCGGUAACAUGCCGGGCGACGCUCCACCACGGCGAUUCUGUCAGCAUCGUGGUCUUCUCACAUAACUCGAGACUGGUCGCAUCAGGGUCGUAUGACGGUACGGUCAAGAUCUGGGACGUCCCGUCCCGUCGUACCGUCUGCACACUACGGAAACAUGACGGAGCCAUCCGAGGUGUGGCCUUUUCCCACGACUCGCUCCUGAUGGCAUCUGGGUCCUCCGAUCAGACUAUCAGGCUGUGGGAUGCCGCAACGGGCCGAUGCAUCCAGUCGCUCGUUGGCCACAACCACGACGUCAUGUCGGUGGCCUUUAUGCGUGAAUCAGCGUUUGUGGUGUCGGGGUCACGUGACUGUAGCGUCAGAAUCUGGGACCUUGCUACCGGCCAGUGCCAUCAAACGCUUGAGGGCCAUACUCGGGACGUCCAGUCGGUCGCGGUGUCACAUGACUCGCGCAUAAUCGCAUCUGCGUCCCGCGACUACAGCGUCAGAUUUUGGGAUCCCGUUUCUGGACAGUGUACGCGGACGUUGAAAGCUCACGACGACUACGUCUGGUCGGUUGUUUUCUCCCACGACUCGGGGCGAGUCGCCACGGCAUCACGCGACCACAGCAUCAAAAUUUGGCACGUGGCGACUGGCGAAUGCCUGCACACCUUAGAAGGGCACAGCCACGAAGUCGGUCUCUUGGCCUUUUCUCAUGACUCGAGGCUGUUGGCAUCUCCGUCCAACGACCUUACGGUAAAACUCUGGGAUACUGCUAUUGGUUAUUGUGUUGAAACGCUUCAGGGACACACGGCGAUUGUCGAGUCAGUGACCUUCUCGCCCGACUCGAAGCUGUUAGUGUCGGGGUCGCACGAUGGCACUAUCAAGCUUUGGAAGGCCUCUGUGGGGCUUAAUGGGGUGGACAUUGACUGUACUGACAACCUUGGUUUGAGCCCAUUGCAGUGGGCCAUAACAAAGGGACAUAAGGUUGUAGAGCAGCUGCUUCUUGAGAAUGGCGCAAUUUAA